AUGAGGUACUCCCCUGACAUGCAAAUCGACCGUCUUGUCGGCUCGAGGAGCAGUCCAAAACCGACUCAAGGGGCUUUGGCAAUGUUGCUACGGGAUCAGCAGGAUUGUAUCCCACUUGGAAGGUGUCUGUCGGAAGACGAUGUCAUUGUACUCCUCACGCCCGUUGUCGUCCCAUACAGCAGAAACGCCGAAAAUUAUCGAGAUCCAUUCGAACCGCUGGGCCGUGCGAUUGCUGCGCGGCAUUCUAUGGUCCGCCAUGUUCCCUAUACCAAACGAGGCGGCAUCAACAAUAUUCACUCCGAGUUCAUAAAGAGAGCGAAAACGAUGGUUUUCGUCAUCUCCGGGCCACCGUUAGACGGCGAUGUCUCGCAGGUCGAGCUGGCGGAAACCGCGCGGUCCUUGGCUGAGGAACGCCCACAAAUUUUAGUGGCAUGUUACAACGUCAAGGCAAAUCCGGAUGUUCUCGAAAACUUUGCCACGAUUGUACAAGUCGGGGGAUUUGCACCAUCGGACCUCGAAAGCGCAGCUUCAAUCAUGUUUGGAGAUCAACGACCCCCGCCUGUCAAUGCCGUGCCUGUGCAAAAUCUCAUCAUCAGUGCGGCACGACAUUGGCCUGUGGAGGUUUGUGGCCAGGACAUGGCGCCAAUACACAAACUUUGGACAGAAUGUCUACCGCCAAAAUAUCACCUACCUCAAUUUGCUCUUGUUCUCCUUCUUAAACGGGAUGGAUAUACGAUGAACUACGUCGUGCGAGACCCCGAUACUCGAGAGAUUGUUGGUUUCUGUGCGACAUACACAACAUUUACGGACAGUGAUCAGGAGAGUCUUCUAGGCUCGUUGGCCGUCUUGAUUGUCAAAAGCUCGUAUCGAGGGCGAGGUAUAGGUCUGAGCCUACACGACAAUGCAUUAAAGAUGCUACAGAGAACACGAGGUGUCAGACGGCUUCAGCUUGGGACGGCUUUCCCACGCCUACUUUACGGGGUCCCGUCAGACUUCUUUGCAAAAGAAUGGUUUGCUCGCCGAGGCUGGCAGAUGCAUGGACAGGAGGUUUCGGACUGGCUUCUCCGAUUUGACGAUAUGCCAGCAACCAGUCUAUCCUCAGCAGGACUAACUUUUCGGCGGUGCGACUUUAUGGAAUUUCAUCAAGUUCUGCAAAUUGUAGACAGAGACGCGAUACGAAAGGGGAACAUGGGAUGGUAUGACCAAUAUGCGAGGCUGGACGGCACUCCAAACAUUGAGGACGUUGUCAUCGGUCUAGAGGGCGAGACUAUCGUGGCUGUCGCUUUGACGUACAUCCCCAACACUGGAAGCCCAACCGAGGACGACCUACCGUGGGCCAAGACCAUUGGCGCGGAUGUCGGUGGCGUAACAUGCAUUUGCAUCACAGAUGAUAAUCGUGAAAUGGUGAAUAGCCGGGACUCGGUUAUGAUUCGACUGCUAGAUACCUGUGUCAAGUUGCUGGCCGACCGAGGUAUGCAGCAAAUGUUCAUCGAUGGUGUCAAAGGGGGCAAUGCUGGCUUUCAAAGUCUAGGUAAGCAGAACCUUCGAAUACUUCGUGUUCCCGUCUAA